GGAUGCUUUCCAUCCCACGGCCGGCCUCACGGCAGGAUGUUGGCAUGAGCAUCAUGCUGGAACUGCCUGCGUGGCAGCAGCAGCCCGAACGGCUUACGUGGUCGCUGCAGGAGCUGGCCGGAGCAGGGCGAGAAGACCUGGCCGAUCUGGUCCUUCAGCUGGUGCAAAAGGACGGCUCCGUUCCGCUGAGCACAGAGCAGUGCAACAUCUGCAUAAAGGCCCAUGGCAGCGCAAUGAACUGGGACUCGGCCUUGAAAAUCCUGCGGGACAUGUCAGCCUGGCUCCUCCCUCCAGACUCGAGGAGCUUUAACUCCUUGCUCGCCAGCGUAAACCGCGCUGGAGAGUGGGAGCUGUCGCUUAGCCUCUUCGAGGAGAUGGUCGUUGUACGAGCCGAGCAAAAUGUGGUUUCGCACAUGGGUGUGCUGUCCGCGCUGGAGCAAAGCCAGCGCUGGGAGCAGAGCUUGCAGCACCUCGCAUCCAUGCAGGACAGCCGGCUGACUCCCGACGCGGUGUGCUACACGGCGGUGAUCGCUUGCUGCGGCAAGGCCGCAAUCUGGCAGACAGCCGUGCAUCUCCUAGGAGCUUGCUCAUCGCCAAACGAUGCCGGCUACAACGCCACGAUGCUUGCUUGCGAAUCUGCUGGGCAGUGGCAGCAGGUUUUGCAGCUGUUUCAUGCGAUGCCAUCUGCUGGAGCCCUUCACAGUAACCGUAGCUACAAUCGCGCCGUCAGGUCCUUGAUUAGAAUGGAGCUUUGGCACGAGGCCGUGGAACUCUGCAGAUCGGCAGCCCAGCGAGGGUUGCCAGCAACUUCCUUCGUAGAGUACUACAUGCUGCUGAAAAUGGCAGAGAGGACCUCUCUUUGGGAGAUGGCUUUGGACACCUUCUUCUCUAUGCAUCGGCAUGGAGUGGCACCAGAUGAUAAAUGCUACGCUGCUCUGUUCGACGCAUGCCGAGCGGGCGGCCAAACUCAGCAGAUGCUGAAUGUGCUCCGCCAGUAUCCGCCGCCUGCACAAGACUGA